AUGAAAAUGUUCGGUGUGCUUGCUACAUACGUGUCAGCCGCCUUUGCAAUGACAAAUGCAGACGAGUACUUUACGGGUGACGGCACAUCCUACAAUUUGGGUCAACCAAGCGCAGGAAAUUGUAACAUGAUGUCAUCACUCGACUUUGCCACGAUGGACUACGUUGCACUAAACGAUGCACAAUGGGACGGUCUUCAAAAUUGUGGUCGUUGUGCCGAGGUGUCAUGUGUUGAUGAACGGUGUGCCGACCAGUCCAAAUCGAUUGUAGUCCAAAUCCUUGACCGUUGCCCGGAUUGCCGAUACGGUGACCUCGACCUAUCGCAGUCGGUUUUCAAGACACUUACGGGGUCGACACCUGCACGAUAUAGGAUCAAGUGGAAGUUGGUGACUUGUCCUGUUUUGGGCAACGUCAAGUAUUGUCUUAAGGGUGGCAGCAACAGCUAUUGGCUGGCAGUGCAGCCCACGAAUGUUGCAACGGGUAUCAAGCACCUCCAGAUUAACGGUAAAGAAACUAUAAUGCUCGGCUCAGCCUACUACUUUCUACUAGAUGGAGGCAGUCAGACCCAGACGGAUCUUUCCUGUAUGAAGAUUGCAAUGACAGACGUAAACGACAACUCGAUGGAAGAAACGGUAUCGCUCACGGCAGACAAGUGCACGGAAGGCACCAGGCAGUUCCCCACUGGCGGAACACAGACGUUUCAGCAGAGUACAACGUUGAUCCAAAGCCCGACGCCACCGAAUUUAGCACCUAUAGCUGCUCAACCUGCUCCACCUCCAAACCCGCCGCCGACUUUAGCUCCUAUAUUGCUCAACCUCUCCACCUCCAAACCCUCCCACUUUAGCACCCAUGAUUGCUCAACCUAUUCCGCCUUCAAACCCGCCGCUGACGCUGCCGACUUUAGCACCCAUAAUUGCUCAACCUCUCAUACGAAAGCUCCACUUACUCCAGUUUCAAAGCCCCCUCCAACGUAUAACACGUAUCCGAACGUACAAUGGGAGAAGGCAACGUCUGCGCCUGCUCCUGCAAUUCAAUUGCAGCCGCAAAAUAUCCUGCCUACUUCGAUUCCUGUGCUCACCACUGGGGGUUCAAGCAAGAUUGCUGUCUCGGCAAUUGUGUCGCCUACCAACACCAUUGCUUCUAAAAGUAUAACUGAAUACCAGUCGGAAUCUACGACAUACGACGACAAAGCCAUUCGGAGUUCUCAGCAGGUUUUCAAAACAACCGAUACUCCUGAGCCUGGAAGCACUCCGUCGUUGGAGAUAACGCCCAAGUCCAAGACCAGCACAAGUAUGUAUAGCAGCAGCACUGCCACCACUGAAAAUGACACAGUACAAAAGAAGACUUUGCAGGAGGGUGGUCUGCUUGUUGCUGGACCAACUGUUCCGUCGUCAAGCACGAAACAGACUGGAAAGAGUCAAGUUAACGACGAUGCGGCCGAAACGGUGAACACAAAGUCUGGGCAGACAUUGAACGGCACUGAUCCGCUGAUCAUUGUACUUUCGACGCUUGGUGCUGUGGGUCUGGUGGCGCUUAUUGUCGUGAUAGUGAUCGUCAAGAGGAAAAACAUCCAGGAACAGAAAGCCCGUGACGUUGAAGUGUCAUCCAUGAUUGAGGCACAUUCUUUUGACGGACAUCAAACGCCAUCCGACCGAUCGAAUGCUAUUGGCAUCCUAUAA